AUGUUUUCACGAUCUAUUUGGAGUCUUGUGUCGUUCGCGACUCUCGCGCUUGCUGCGACGAUCCCCAAGAGACGCGCGACUACCUGCAAUGGCAGCCCUGAACUCUGCAACCGUAGCUACGGCAAUGUCACCUUCAUUGGCUCGCACGAUUCCUUUGCUUUCAGCAAGGAUAAACUAGCUCUUUCUCGCGACCAGACUAUCGAUAUCCCGAGCCAAUUGAAUCUUGGUGUGAGGGCUUUACAAGCCCAAUCACAUAUGAAGGAUGGCGUGCUCCACUUCUGCCAUACCAGCUGCAUCCUCUUUGACGGUGGCUCGGUCGUCAACUAUCUCAAGACAGUCAAGACCUUCCUUGAUGCCAACCCUAACGAGGUCCUCACCCUCAUCUUCACCAAUCCCGAGGGUGUCAGCCCUGCCAAAGUCUGGAAACCCGCGUUCGAUGAGGCGGGCAUGACCGACCUCGCAUUCGUGCCCAAGUCAAUCCCCGUCAAGCAAUCAGAGUGGCCAACUCUCGGAGAAAUGAUCGACAGCGGCAAACGUGUCGUUGUCUUCAUGGAUGCCAACGCUGAGGGCCCUGAGUCCGUCCCCUUCAUCCUCCCCGAGUUCCAAAUGAUCUGGGAAACUCCCUUCUCCGUCACGGACGCAAACUUCCCCUGCAAGAUCGACCGCAGCGGUGGGCCUCUCGCCGACAUUGACCACAUGUACAUGAUCAACCACUCGCUCAACAAGAACCUCGUGCCCUCCAUCUUCGGUGACCUCUUCGGCGAAGGCAUUAUCGUUUCCGACCCAGACAACGCUGACCGGACCAACGGAGUAGAAUCGAUUAUGGCUAACGUCAACGGAUGUUCCCCACUUGCAGGCAACCGCUCGCCCAACUUCAUUUUGCUUGAUUUUGUUGAGAAGGGCGAUGCGUUCAACGUUGCGAAGAAGCUCAAUGGUCUGGCAUGA